AUGCUAUCAAACAACAAGAGAGGCAGGAAGUUAGAUAACAGAGAGGUAGAAAGUGAGACAACGGAGAGGCAAGAAAAGAUACAUACAGAGAGGCAAGAAAAGAGACAUACAGAGAGAGAGACAGAAAGUGAGACAAAAGUGAGGCUGGAAGUAAGACAACAAAGAUAUGAAAUAAACAGAGAAGUAGGAAGUGAGACAUACAAUGAGGUAAAGAGUUUGAAAAACAAAGAGGUAGGACGUGAGGCAUACAGAGAGGUAGGAAAUGAGACUUGCAGAGAGGUAGAACAUGAGACAUACAAAGUGGUAAUGAGUGAGACAAACAGAGAGAGGGACAGUAAGUCACACAACAGAGAGGCAGAAAGUAAGACAUACAUAAAUACAGAAAGUGAGACAUACAGACAGACAGAAAGUGUGAAAUACAGAGAGGCAGGAAGUGAAACAACAGAGCAAUCUGAAAUGAAACAAAAAAGGAGCAGAAAAAAGACAUUCAGAGAAUCAGAAAGUAAGACAAAAGAGAGGCAGGAAUUAGACAACAGCAGGACUGGAAGUGAGAGAUACAGAGAGGUAGGAAGUGAGAUAUACAGAGAGGAAGGAAAUGAGCAAUACAGAGAGGCUGGAAGUGAGACAACAGAGAGACAGAAAGUGAGUCAACAGAACGGCAAAAAACAGAAAGGAAGUGAUACAUACAAAGAGAUAGGAAGUGAGACACACAGGACGAUAGGAAGUGAGCUGUACAGAGAGGUAGGAAGUGAGACAUACAGAGAGAUAGGAAGUGAGACAUACGGAGAGAAAGAGGUAGGAAGUGAGACAAACAGAGAGGCAGAAAGUGAGACAUACAGAGAGGCUCGAAGUAAGACAUACCGAGAGGCAGAACGUGAGACAUACAGAGAGGCUCGAAGUAAGACAUACCGAGAGGCAGAACGUGAGACAACAGAGAUGCAGGAAGUGGGAUAUACAGAGAGGUUGGAAGUGAGACAAACAGAGGGGCAGGACGUUAGACAUAUAGAGCAGCAGGAAGUAAGACUCACAGAGAGGUUGGAAGUGAGACACGCAGAGAGACAUGAAGUGAGACAUACAGAGAGGUCGGUAGUAAGAGAUACAAGUGAAAUUUGA